UUUAAUUUCUCAACUAUGGCCUCCAAUAAAUUCCAAGCCUUAGCCAUCCUCCUACUUUCCCUCAGCCUUGCAUCGUUUUCCCUCGUUAUUUCUGCACUUGCACCUGUCCCACCUCCGAUCUCACCUCCUACCAAUGGUGGCGGUAAUCAACCUUCUACGACCAUAUCUUUUACAGAUGACAGCGGCAAUCAUCCUCCGAUCUCACCUCCUAGCAACGGCGGCGGUAAUCAACCUCUGGUGAUCUCACCGCCUCGCAACGGCGGCGGUAAUCAACCUCCGAUGUUCUCAACUCCCAGCGGCGAUGGAAGUUGCAAUAAGAGACCAGUGGAAUUGGAUGCAUGUACUGAUUUACUAAAAGCGGUGAGUGAUUCAGAACAGAUUCCUCCCAAUGAUUCCAGAAGGCGUAGUUGCUGCGGCUUCCUUUCUGGAAUUGGCGUCGAUGCCGAUGCCGCUAAAUGUCUUUGCUUCACAAUUCAGAUUUUUCUUCGCAACAUCGUCAAUGUCGACGCUACUGUCAGGGCUGCUAUCAAGCUUUGUAAUCGCAAUCCUCCAAAUAAUGCUAUCACAUGCUAAACGCCCGCCUAUCAU